UUAAGAACAAACAAAAUCAACUCUCUCUAAUAAAAAAAAGCUGUGAUUUUUUCUUCAGUAAUCAAAGCCCAAACUUUCUGAAAUCUUUUUUCUUUGCUCUCUGUCAGCUCAACUUUAGUGUAUGAGCUUUAGCUUCAGCUGAUUUGAGUGUACUGAAGAUUUUGGAGUUAGUUACCAUGGAUGAUGCUGAGUUAACUACAGAGAAUGUUCUGAAGAGGGAUGUCCAUUGGGAGUCUUACAUGACGCAUAAGAUGAUCACAAUAACAUGCCUUGGCAAAAUUAGGCGUUAUGACAAUCAAUCCGAAAGCCACAAGGCAGCAUUGCUUGAUGAUGAUGGUGCAGCUUAUGUCAAGCUGUUUGUUAACAUUUUGCGUAAUAAUCCUUUCCAAGAGAAUGGAACCAUCUCACGUUAUGUAUUUAAAAAGGAAACAGUGGAGUAUGUUCUAGCACUUAUCGAUGAAAUGCUCACAGCAAACCCAAAGCGAGCCACUCUAUUCCAUGAUGAAUCUUUUGCAAGUGAAGAUACUUACGAACCUUUCUUAAGUUUGCUUUGGAAGGGUAAUUGGUUCAUUCAAAAUAAGAGUUGUAAAAUAUUGUCUGCAAUAAUAAGUGCUAGACCAAGGAACCAGAGUGGUCUUAGUACACAUGUAAAAUCCUCACAUUCGAAGGUCAAGUCCACUUCAAUUGAUGAUGUACUGAAAGGAUUGAUGGAGUGGGUCUGUGCUCAGCUGAAGUAUCCUUCCCAUCCUUCUCGUGGCAUUCCAAGUGCUAUCAGUCGCCUAUCUACCUUGCUGAAAGAGCCGUCAGUCAAGUCUUCAUUUGUGCAAUCCGAUGGAGUGAAGCUGCUAAUCCCAAUGAUUUCUCCAGCGACCACUCAGAAAUCCGUCCAGCUCCUUUAUGAGACAUGCCUCUGUAUUUGGCUCUUGUCUUACUAUGAACCAGCAGUUAGGUAUCUUGCUUCUUCAAGGACCCUGCUAAGACUAGUCGAUGUUGUCAAAAGUUCCACCAAGGAGAAGGUUGUGCGAGUUGUUGUCUUAAUCCUGAAAAAUUUGCUGUCCAAGGGGACACUCGGGCCCAAGAUGGUAGUGGUCGGGCUACCUCAGAUUGUUCAAAAUUUGAAGGCUCGUGCAUGGAAUGAUGAGGAUUUGUUGGAGGGACUUAAUCAACUUGAAGAGGGACUUAAAAAUAACAUUAAGGAAAUGAGUUCUUUUGACAAGUACAAGCAGGAAGUUCUUCUCGGCCAUCUUGACUGGUCGCCCAUGCACAAGGAUCCUAUGUUUUGGCGUGAAAAUAUUUUCAACUUCGAGGACAAUGAUUUCCAGAUCCUACGAGUCCUAAUCACAAUCCUCGGCACAUCCAGCGAUCCUCGGGCUUUAGCUAUUGUUUGCAAUGAUCUAUCACAAUUCAUUCAGCACCAUUCAUCUGGAAGGCUCAUAGUCAACGAUCUCAAAGCUAAGGACGGGGUAUUGAAGUUAAUAAAUCAUGAAAACACAGAGGUCACUUUGAAUGCUCUUCUCUGUAUCCAGAAGCUGCUCCUUGGUGCAAAAUAUGCAGGCGUUUUGCUAGCUUGAAUGAGAGGUCAGUAUAUAUAUUGUCUGACCUUGGCGUCCCAACAUUACUUUUUCUAAAAUCGGCAAAUUAUUGUAUUCUAUAUUGUACAUUUGUAGAACGCAAUUCUAUUGCUUGCUUUUGCCAUUUUCCCAAUGUAAACCAAUUUACGUUGCGUGAGUCGGCCAAGGGUAAUAAUAGAUAUGCAGGAACUAGUUUUGUUGGUAAAACAUCUGUUUAAUGGCAAUAUGUUUAGUGUUUCUUCAA